CCAUAAUUCCUUAUUACAUUCUUCCUGCCACAAUUUGUAUCUGUUACUGAUGGAUCACUGUCUGCUAUGGGGCCAGAGAUAUCAGAACCUAUUGCAGCAUUUUCAACUCUUAGUUGAAUUUAAAUGGGAAUUUCUUUCAUGUCCUGUAGCGGAAAGAGCAGAUCUGGACUCGAGCAUUGUAUCUGCCUCAGCAGCAUACUUUAGGUAGUGUGUUGUUACAAUUUCCUUGUAGCUACACACCCAGGUUUGUUCUCCCAGCACUGGAAACAAACCUUAAGAAGGAAAAAUGGAUCGCUGGUGUUGGCCAUCAGAAACAAACAUCUUUCGACGUUUCACCCCUGAGUCCUUGGCAGCAAUUGAGCAAAGAAUUACUGAGAAAAAAAAGCAGCCAGACAAAGAGAAGAGUAAGGACCAGGGAGUUGAAGAAGACCAACUUACUCCCCAGCUUGAUCUGCAAAUCGGGAAAAAGCUGCCAUCUCUUUAUGGGGACAUUCCAUCAGAGCUCAUUGGGGAACCCCUGGAGGAUUUUGAUCCGUACUACAGUGAUCACAAGACUUUUAUGGUGCUAAAUAAAAAGAGGACUAUUUUCCGGUUUACUGCCACACCUGCCUUGUGUCUAUUUGGUCCUUUUAAUCCAGUCAGAAAAGCAGCAAUUAAAAUUCUGACCAAUUCAUAUCCUUUCAUUGGUUUCCCUUAUUUGAAUUUUAAAAUAUUCUGUACCAUUUUCUGUCAUUCUCACACAAAAAUUGCUUUUACUGGCAUUUAUACUACUGAAAUGUUGAUAAAAAUAGUAGCAACAGGAUUUGUUUGGAAUGAAUUUACCUUCCUUCGAGAUCCAUGGAACUGCUUGGAUCUGUCUGUUACUAUUGUAAUGUACAUUGCUAUAUUUAUAGAUAUAGGCGAUGUUUCACUUUUUGCAUCUGUCAGAGUACUGAGGACUUUGAAAGCUGUUUCAGUAAUACCAGGUUUGAAAAUCCUGGUAAAUUCAAUUGUUGAAUCCAUUAAGAAACUUGCUGACGUGUUGAUCUUGACUGUAUUUUGCUUGAGUAUAUUUGCUCUGAUAAGCCUCCAGCUUUUUAUGGGCAAUUUAAGAUUCAAAUGUGUCCUCAAUAAUACUGUGUACAGUGACUCAUUAUGUAAGGAUCCCAAGAUCUAUGUACCAAGUGAUGAAGAUAUCUGCCACAGAAUGAAUGGCUCUUCUGAGAUAUUGCUCUGUGGGUUCAGUUCAGAUCCCGAGAAAGAGUGCCCAGAAAACUAUACCUGCCAGAAGAUUGGGCAGAAUCCUGACUUUGGUUACACAAGUUUUGAUCAUUUUGGCUGGGCCUUCCUCUCCGUAUUCCGUCUGAUGACACAGGAUUCCUGGGAGCGUCUCUACAGACAAACUAUCCGUACAUCUGGAGUGACCGCUUUUUUUUUUUUUGUGGUAUUCAUCCUUCUCUGCUCAUUUUAUCUCUUCAAUCUGGUCUUGGCUGUGGUAACUACGGCAUAUGAAGAGCAAAACAGAGCUGAAAGAGAGGCCAAGAAAAAACUACUUCAGGAAGCCAAACAAAUUAUAAAGAAAGAACAGGAGGUGGCUGCAGCAGAAAGCAGCAAGGCCUUGCAGGUUGGGUCUGAAAUGCCAGUUGCUGACUUGAAAAAUUCAAAAGGGAAAGACAGUAAUAGAGAAACACCUAUUUUAAGACAAAAUGUAAUUUUAGAUGAUCAGGAGAAAGAGGAGCAAAUAUUUCAUUCACAGCCUGGUCAGAGCCACAAGAAGCUUAGGAAGGUGCUACUGUCUUAUGAUGUGUCAGUGGAUUCUAUUAAUGAUCCUUUCCGAAGACAGAGGUUAAUGAGUGCAGCUGCUAUUCUUACAGACUUUUCAGAGUCCAAAGUGAAAUGUCCUGCAUUGUGGAAACGUUUUGCUCUAAAGUGUCUAGUUUGGAAUUGUUGUCCAUUCUGGAGAGCUGUCAAAGAGAAGGUGAAAUUGGUGAUUUUGAAUCCGUUUGUUGAACUCUUUAUCACAGUUUGCAUUAUCCUGAACACUUUAUUAAUGGCUACGGAGCACCCUGGCAUGUUGCCAGAAACCAGAGAAAUGAUUACUAUAAGUGACCAGGUUUUCACUCUGAUUUUUACACUAGAAAUGAUCUUGAAAAUCAUUGCUCUAGAUCCUUACUACUAUUUUCAGAACAAGUGGAAUGUUUUUGAUAGCUUGGUUGUUUUGAUUGGCCUAGUGAGCUUUGGAACCAAUCUGUCACCUUUCCGUGUGAUCAGGAUCUUCAAAUUGGCAAAGUAUUGGCCAACCUUAAAUACUCUUAUGAAAAUAAUUCUAGACUCAUCUAGUGCUGUGACUAACCUCACUCUGGUUUUGGGUUUCACUGUAAUUAUUUUUGCUGUACUAGGAAUGCAUCUUCUGGGCAGUGAUUAUGAAGAAAAAUUCCAUAAAAUAAGCUCCAGUAAGGAGUUACGCUGGCAUAUGAAGGAUUUCAGUCAUUCAGUCCUGAUUGUAUUCCGAAUAUUAUGUGGAGAAUGGAUUGAAAUGAUGUGGGAAUGUAUGGAAGUGGCUGGAAAACAGAAAUGUAUUACCUUUUUCUUGCUAGUCCUGGUGAUAGGAGACCUGGUGGUGCUCAACUUGUUCAUUGCCCUGCUGCUGAGUUUGUUUGCUACUGACAGCUCAGGAGGACAAGAGGAACCUGGAGAAAGGACUAAAUGUCAGAUUGCCCUUGCACAGAUUCACCAGGGCCUGAAGUCUUUGAAAGACAGGAUUCUAAGUCCUCAUGGCAGAAAAAUGAAAGGAAGCCUCAGAAAAGCAGACAAAAAGAAGACUUUGGAAGAAAUUUCUGGCAAAAACAUAGAGGAUAAUAAUUACGCCAUGACAGAUGUCAGAAAAUACAUAGACAACAAUUGCUUUGACAUCGAGUGUUACCAUAAUGAAGAGCAUUCCUCAAUAUCAAGGAAAUACGAAGAUCUUUCCAGCAGUCACAGUACCUGUGUUCCCAUUGAAGCAGCAGAGAGUUACAGUGACAAAAGUGAUGAUGAGCACAUUGUGUUCACAGAAACAGAACACAGAAAGCAGAAAUGUGGUGCUGCUCACAGCUUUUCUGAAGCCAGCAGUGUGGAUGCAGCUGUUGGUCUGGAGAUGUUUUCCCAGACUAAAAACUCACACCUGCCUAAGGACUGUUUUGGAGAAAAUUGUGGUAAACGUUUCCCAUGUUGUGUAGUGGAUAUCACUAAGUUUCCAGGCAGAAGUUGGUGGAACUUCAGGAAAACCUGCUACAGAAUUGUUAACCAUAGCGGGUUUGAAUAUUUUAUGAUUUUUGUGAUAGUAUUGAGCAGUGCAGCACUGGCAUUUGAAGAUAUUCACCUGCAGAAUAGAAAAAUGGUGAAAAUGAUCCUAGAUUAUGCUGACAAAGUAUUUACCUACAUCUUUUUGAUGGAGAUGCUUCUGAAAUGGGUAGCUUAUGGAUUGCAGAGUUACUUCACAGAUUCCUGGUGUUUGCUUGACUUUGUCAUUGUAUGUCUGUCAUUUGUUUCCUGGGGACUAAGUCAUGAUCCCAAAGAUGUAUCACCUUGUUCCUCUGGAAGUGGCCUGAAAUCUCUCAGGACUCUUAAAGUAUUGAGGCCUCUACGAACUUUGUCAAGAUUUGAAGGGAUAAAGGUUGUUGUCAAUGCACUCCUUGGAGCUAUCCCCUCAAUCUUCAAUGUUUUGCUCGUCUGUGUUGUCUUUUGGCUCCUAUUUAGCAUUCUAGGAGUAAAAUUGUUUGGGAAAAGAUUUUCAAAGUGCAUACUCCAGGAAGGAGAUAUCAGUCUCAUUAAUACCAAAAGUGAUUGUGAGUCUCAUGGUGGAAAAUGGACAAAUUAUCCUGUAAACUUUGAUAAUGUUGGGAUGGGAUAUUUGGCUCUGCUCCAAGUGGCAACUUUUAAAGGUUGGAUGGAAAUUAUGUAUGCAGCAGUGGAUUCACGUGAGAUCAAUGAACAGCCAAAGUUUGAAGCAAGCUUACACAUGUACAUAUACUUUCUGUAUUUCAUUAUUUUUGGAUCUUUCUUCAUGCUGAAUCUUUUUAUUGGAGUGGUUAUCAGCAAUUUUAACCAACAAAGGAAAAAGUUAGGUGGAAAAGAUCUAUUUUUGACUGAGGAACAGAAAAAGUACUAUAAUGCCCUAAAAAAACUUGGAUCCAAGAAACCUCAAAAACCCAUCCCAAGACCAUCGAAUGCGUUCCUGGGAUUGCUGUUUGAUAUCGUAAUGCACAAAGCAUUUGACAUCAUCAUUCUGAUUUUCAUCUGCCUAAAUAUGAUUGUUAUGAUGGCAGAAAAUAACCAGGAAGGCACCAAGGAAAUUCUUAAUAAAAUCAACUAUUUUUUUGUGGCUUUAUUUACAGUGGAAUGUGUCAUAAAAGUGCUGGUCUUAAGACAGCACUACUUCAAAAGCGGCUGGAACUUAUUUGAUCUUAGUGUUGUGGUCCUUUCAAUAGUUAGUAUUGGAGUUUCUGAAGCCUUCCAAAAAUUCAUCUCUCCGACACUUUUGAGAACUAUUCGUUUGGUGCGAAUUGGCCGAAUCCUGAGAUUGGUUCGAAGAGCGAGAGGAAUUCAAACCCUUCUCUUUGCAUUACUGAUGUCUCUUCCUGCACUGGUCAACAUUAGCCUUUUGCUUUUCCUGAUUAUGUUCAUUUAUGCCGUUGUGGGCAUGGCAAACUUUGCCUGUCUUCCCUGGGAAGGUGGGAUUGAUAACAUUUUCAACUUUCAAACCUUUUCCGGUAGCAUUCUCUGUCUCUUCCAAAUUACAACAUCAGCUGGCUGGGAUACAUUUCUGGUCCCUUUGUUAAGUGAAUCUGGUACAUGUGCUCCCAACUUAAAUUUAACAGAGACAGAUAAAGCUACUUGCAAAAACAGAGCAUUUGGUAUUUUUUAUUUUGUAAGCUAUGUCAUUAUAUCAUUUCUCAUUGUUGUAAAUAUGUACACAGCUGUCAUUUUAGAGAACUUCAAUGUUGCCACUGAAGAAAGCACAGAUCCUCUUUGUGAAGAUGACUUUGAUAUGUUUUAUGAGACCUGGGGAAAAUUUGAUCCUCUGGCCACACAGUUUAUUGACUAUUCUGCUCUUUCAGACUUUGCAGAUGCUCUGGCAGAACCCUUGCGCAUUCCAAAGCCCAAUAGCAUCCAGCUCAUAUCCAUGGACCUCCCUCUAGUGAGUGGAGAUAAGAUCCACUGCUUGGAUAUCUUGCUUGCUUUCAGUAAACGAGUCUUGGGAGAAUGUGGAGAUUUUGAUACACUUAAAUUACUCAUUGAAGAAAAAUUCAUGGUUGCCAAUCCAUCUAAAAGUUCUCACAGGCCAAUUUCUUCUACAUUUAAGAGAAAACAAGAGGAGGUAUCAGCAGUUAUUAUCCAAAGGGCCUUCAGGAGGUAUUUGAUACAGCAUUCUUUCAAAAAUACAUCUUUCUUAAGCCGUCACAGACAGACCAGUGCUGUCUUUGGAGAAGAAACGCAGGAGAAGCAAAGGCUUAUUGUAUCAAUGCUUAAUGAAAGUAGUGGCAGGAAGAUAUAUAAAUCACGACCUGUUUCUUCCAUAUCUCUCCCUUGACUUUAUGAUGCUGUUGCUGACACAAAUAAGCUGGACACAUAAGAUUAUCCUGCAUUUUUGACAUUUAAAGCAAAGUCACUUGUUUUCAGAUGGAGACAAUAUGUGAAUCCCAGAGCAUAAUACUCUAAAUUUAGAAUAGUGAUGGCAGCCUUUAAGUAUUGUGAUUGUUCAAAUUUUCAAAUUCUCCUUAAAAUGAUUAAGAUCUGAACAACUAUGUCAUAAAUAUUGGAGAAAAAUCAAACCAUAGAACUUUUUUCUCCGCUACUGGAGUAGAUAGGUAAUUUUUUCACCUGCCAGUUUUGUCCUAGUUCAUUUGUUUACGGAAGAAAUCCAUAAAAGGUCGGUUGUAAGCACAGAUUUAUAAACACACAAAGCUCUAGAAUAAUGAAUAUCUCUUUAGAGAUAAUUAGUAUUUCCAACUAGGCUUUAUUGUAGCAAAAUGAAUAAUUACUGCACUUCUGUAAUAGAGCUCAUUCAGGACACUCGAGUAUAAUCAGCCUCUAACUUUGAUGGUUUUGGGACCAUCCUCCUCCUAGCAUGUUUGAGUGGAUUUGUUUAUGCUUAAGAAUUUUGGAGGUGUCUUUAUAUGUGCACCUAAAUGGAUUUAACAGAUCAUCCUCAGUUGCCUGUGCCUAAAAGUUGUAUAUAAUUUGUUCUUUGUCUCAAUCAGUGUAUGAAAAUUGUCAUAAUCAUAGUUACCAAAACCAAAGGAUGUUAUACAAGGGGUAUUGCUUCCAGAAAAUCUUGAGAAUCAUAAAUUUUCAUCAUCAUCCAAAUGUCAUAGAAAGCAUUACUUAGUAUUCUGAAAAGGAGUUCAUGGUAUAUCUUAUGAGACAACAUUUAAUAA